AAACAAAGUAUGAAGUACAAACUAAACAUUAAACAGACUACAACAGAGAGAGCGGAGUCGAGAUUGAAGCAUGAGCUUGUCUGCAAUUCGUGCACCAUUCUUUUCCCUCCUCCUCAAAACCACUGAACUAAAUGGAACAACAAGGUGGUCGCUUCAACCUGCCACUGCCACUACACCUUCAAGGCGCUGUGUCAUAGUGGGCACCAGCGUUAGAAGCAAGAACCGGAGGCCAUUGCAGAAGGGUAGGAACCCCAGCAUCGAAGCAAUUCAAACUGUACAAGCCUUGAAGCGAGCCAAUAUUAAGAAAGACAAACGUUUAUUGGACCAAGUCUGGGACUCCAAGCUCAGCCGCCUUCUCAAGCUCGAUUUGAUUGCUGUUCUUCGUGAACUCCUCCGUCAGAAUGAAUGCGAGUUGGCCCUCAAGGUGUUUGAAGAUGUUCGGAAGGAAUACUGGUAUAAGCCUCGAGUGUCACUGUAUGCUGAGAUGAUCACAGUAUUGGCUAGCAAUGGAUUGUUUGAAGAUGUUGAAUUACUUCACUCAUAUUUGAAAGCAGAACAUGGUUUAAAUCCUGAAAUUGAAGGUUUUAAUGCUCUCUUCAAAACUUUGAUUAGCUUUAACCGCACUGAACUUGCAAUGGAAUGUUACUACCUGAUGAAAGAAGUUGGAUGUGAACCAGACAAGUCAUCCUUUAAGAUAAUUAUAACUGGCUUAGAAUCAAAUGGAGAAACAAAAUUUUCAGCUAUGGUAAGGCAAGACGCUCAAAUGUAUUAUGGUGAAUGUCUCGAGUUUCUUGAGGAGGAAGAGAUUAUGAAGCAAAUACUGUGUGAAUUAUCUCCAAAAAGAACAUAAUUUAUAAAGCAAGGAUUGUCUGUAUAAGCCAGGAUAAAGAGAAGGAAAACAAGAAACCUUGAAAAAGAAGAAACUUUGACAAAGAGCCACCAACUUGGGAGUCCUUUGGUUCACAUUGUGGGAUCUUUGCCUCUUUCAGCAGGGAAAGACUGAAGCGCGUGUUGGUGUAUAGAAAAACAAAAUAGGGAUACGCUUUCUUUUGUUUCUUUGAAUUUUUUUUGUUUUGUUCUUUUCAGCUGGGAUUGGGGACUGGGCAAAGGAAAAUUGUUGCCUGCUGCAUUUGGCUAUAUUCGAGAGAGAAAAAGGGUUUGAGGCUUUGUGUUGGUGGCAGACAGAGAUAGCGGAAAGCCAUUAUAAAAUUCAAAAUCUAAAUUAUAUUUUCAUUGGGGAGCUUGGCCGCUUGGAUACAUUUCUGUUUAUUUGCAUAAAUCAUGGUUUUCGUAUGGGCUCUUCUUUUGAGAAGAAAAACCAAAGGAAAGACCCCACGUGGAAUGAAAAUUCUAAUAUAGGAAGCAGAUACCAAGACUAUAAU